AUGUCGUCCGCACUGCUGAAGUUCCUGAGGGAGUUCCACACGAGGUUUGGUCAGUUGCCUGAGGAAAUACAGUUCGAUGAUGGUAAGGAGUUCUACAAGGUCGGUGUGCUGACACUCUUGAGAAAGCGCAACAUUAACCACUUCUCGACAAUGUCUGACAAGAAGGCGGCCAUUGUGGAAAGGUUCAACAGGAAGCUAAAGACAGCAAUGUGGAAGUACCUGGACGCCAAGGGAACGACGAGAUGGGUCGACGUGCUGGACGACCUGGUGAGCAACCACAACGAGUUACGACACCAAACACAGCUCGACUCUGUUGAAAUCAAAGGAUGUCAACAGCGGUAA